UUUUCUUCAAUUCCUAACAAGGAGUUUCGCGUUCGUUAGUAGCAGAAAUGAAGGGCUUCAGGAGUUUGAUAUCGCGAUCUAUGUUUCGCCAGAAAGGAUUCGACCCCUAUGGAGAAAUCAAUACUACUUGUCGUCUAAUGUCUCACCGGGCUUUACACGUUUCUUCUGCAAAAACGACGACGACGACGUCUUUUUUGUAUAACAAAAGCAAUAGCUCUUUCUCGGGUUUCAAAUCGUUAUGGUCUACUUUGCGCCUAGAGCUAUGGACUCCUUUUGCAGGGCAGAGGAGGACUAUGUUUAUACAGACUCAAUCGACACCCAAUCCAUCCUCGCUCAUGUUCUAUCCUGGGAAGCCUGUUAUGGAAGUUGGAAGUGCAGAUUUCCCCAAUGCUCGUUCAGCCAUGAAUUCUCCAUUGGCUAAAGCCCUCUAUGGAAUUGAUGGAAUUAGUCGUGUUUUCUUUGGAUCUGAUUUUGUCACUGUAACAAAGUCAGAUGAUGCUUCCUGGGAUUUCCUAAAGCCUGAAAUAUUUGCAGCAAUCAUGGACUUCUACUCUUCUGGGCAGCCAUUGUUUCUAGAUUCAGAAACUGCAGCUGCAAAGGACACAGCUAUUCAUGAGGAUGAUUCUGAAACAGUUGCAAUGAUUAAAGAACUGCUAGAAACUCGUAUUCGACCUGCAGUGCAAGAUGAUGGUGGAGAUAUUGAGUAUCGGGGAUUUGAUUCGGAAACCGGAAUAGUCAAAUUGAGAAUGCAAGGAGCAUGUAGUGGCUGUCCAAGCUCAUCGGUCACUCUGAAAUCUGGAAUUGAAAAUAUGCUGAUGCAUUAUGUAUCGGAGGUGAAAGGAGUGGAACAAGAAUUAGAUGCUGAAGACGAGGAUGCAGCAUUGGCUGGCCACAUCGAGUAGUUCAAAAUUUUCUUCACCAUCAUGUGGCGUAUUCAUUUGCAUGUUUGAGUAGGAUUUCUGAUAUGCGUUCCGGCAGAGUGCAAAUAAAGUUUGUUGGUUAUUUUUAUUGGUGGGAUAUGUUGUGCCUUCCUGUAAGCUAAGUGCAAUUAUAUAAUGCAAGAGUGAGAAUAUAGAGCUGUAUGGACGACAUUGUAUUACUUGCAUAAAAGAUGUUUGGCAUUUUGUUCUCUAA